CAUGCAGUAGGCAAACUCAUAAUCUGUUCUUCUAAAAUGCCUUUUCAUAUCAUAGUGUUUCUUUAGACCUGACUAAAAUAAAUCAUGGAUUCAUUUUUUUUAAAUGUAAAUGUUCCAAAGGCAUCAGAGGCUUGAAUACAGCUGGAGACCAGGAGAUGCUAAAUGUGUUUAUGUUAAUAAACAGUCAAAUACCGUGAGACCAGCAGUCUUUUACAUGACAAUAACCCGCUGACAAAAUGUCAUGACAGCAACAGCCCUAGGUGCAACUCAAUAGUGGUGUCUAUAAAACCCAGGAGAAUCACAUGUUCGACUGCACUGGGCCUUUUUUUUUUAUGUUUCUACUCAGCAGUUCCUGCUUAAUCUCUUGGAUGUGUUUAAACUUCUACAUCUCGUUGUAAUCUGAUGAUUUAGUAGUCUGGGUUGUGUUCCUUAUGGUGACCACUCCCACCUAGCUAGACAGUCUGCAGGUAUUGCCAUGAGGUUGAGCCCCAGUAGCUUGAUUUUACUCUGGUCGGACUUCACUCCAUGGUGAAGGAAGGUGAAGUUCAUUAUAGACAACAGAGUGGAGAAGACAUCAAUUGACACAUUUGCUGUGAGUUGCCAUUGACAAACAAAGAAAGACAUGCAACUACAGAGGACAAACGUAGCAACAAGUUGACUGCCCUGCUCUUUCUAUCUCUUCACUCUACUACCCAAGCCCGACUGAAGACCUAAGAGCUCUACUCUGUACCGAGGGCUCUACAUAAGAGCUCUAAGCCCCGUCACACUACUCGGGUCGGAAGAGUCAGUGGAGGGGUCAUCAUAAUCAUCAUGACUCAGAGUCCCGUCCAUGGCUGCUCGGUCUGUGUGGCCCAGCUGACAGUCUUCCUCUCCCUUGCCCUGCUGCUGUGUCCCUUGGGGAGAGUACUCGGCGAAGACCAGGCUUCUCCGGCCCAGGUGCUGCAGGGCCUGUUGGAGCGAUAUGGGGACAAUGCCACCAUCUCUGUCCCCCAGCUUCGCUCUUUGCUGGCCCGACUCGGUGCACCUGGCCUGGGGGACAACGGCACCGCAGCAGAGGCGACAGCUCCACCGGCGCCGCCCAGAGUCAACCUGUCCAAAUGCUUACCUGGAGACACGCUGGCAGUUUACAGUAUGAACGAGCAGUCUCGUCUGGAUGGGCGUGGCCUACAGGAGCUCUGCCCCACCAUGCUUCAGCAAUUGGACUCUGGCGCCUGUGGGGUGGAGAAAAAGGAGGAGAUUUUCAUAGACCCGCCUUCCAAACCCACUGCUGCUGAAGUUUGGGGUUAUGGCUUCCUGUGUGUGACCUUCAUUUCUCUGUGUUCGCUGGUUGGGGCCAGUGUGGUCCCCUUCAUGAGGAAAACCUUUUACAAGCGUCUGCUGCUCUACUUCAUAGCCCUGGCCAUUGGCACCCUCUACUCCAACGCCCUGUUUCAGCUCAUCCCAGAGGCAUUUGGUUUUAACCCUAUGGUGGACAACUAUGUGUCUAAGUCCACGGUGGUGUUUGGUGGGUUCUACCUCUUCUUCUUCACUGAGAAGGUCCUCAAGAUGCUGCUCAAACCGAAGGACAAGGGCCAUGACCACAGCCAUUUCCCAGCCAACGGCGACAUGGAAGAGGGCGUGACAGAGAAGCUGCAGCAGAGUGGAGAGGCGGGGCUUAACCUGCCCAAGGUGGACGGAGGAGAGGGGGACUGCAUGCUCACCCCCACACUGACCCCACCGGACUCUCAGAGCCUGGGUGGAGGGAACAGCAGAGGAGGCUGCUAUUGGCUGAAGGGUACAGCAUACUCUGACAUCGGCACGCUGGCCUGGAUGAUCACGUUGAGCGACGGGCUCCAUAACUUCAUCGAUGGCCUGGCCAUCGGAGCAUCCUUCACUGCCUCGACGUUCCAGGGCAUCAGCACCUCCGUGGCUAUACUCUGUGAGGAGUUUCCCCAUGAACUGGGAGACUUUGUGAUAUUGUUGAAUGCUGGGAUGAGCAUCCAGCAGGCUCUGUUCUUUAACUUCCUGUCUGCCUGCUGCUGCUACCUGGGCAUGGGUUUUGGCAUCCUGGCAGGAAACAGCUUCUCACCUCAAUGGAUCUUUGCCCUGGCAGGGGGCAUGUUCCUUUACAUCGCCCUGGCAGACAUGUUCCCGGAGAUGAACGAGGUGAGUCGUGAGGAGGAGGAGGCGGGGGGAAGCAGCUUCCUUGUGACCUUCAUCAUCCAGAACGCGGGCCUCCUAACCGGCUUUGCCAUCAUGCUGCUACUGACCACCUACUCUGGAGCCAUCACUAUAGACUAGCAUUAUUAUUCCCACAACUACACCCUACCGGUUUUAACCAGAUCCAACCGCCAGAUCCAACCGCCAGAUCCAACCGCCAGAUCCAACCGCCAGAUCCAACCGCCAGAUCCAACCGCUUUCAACUGUAAUGAUUCCCUUUGGAGCUGAAUGGAAAUGCCCGCCCCUCUCUCCCCAGGCCCCAUUUUGCCCUGAAUUCUCCCUCAGGACUUUAGAGAGCCGGGGCUUCGCUACUAGUGCGGCGGAAUGCACCCUAUAAGACUUAAGCAGUUCCCAAAUGCAGUAGCUACUAGUACACUGGCAGGGGAACCGCCCUCCCUCAUCUCUCUUGGGCCUCCUCCCCUCUCAUUCUGCCCUCCCUCAUCUCUCGUUUGCCUUCUCUGACCCCCCUAGUACACUGGCAGGGGUACCACCCUCCAUCAUCUCUCUUGGGCCUUCUCUGACCCCCCUAGUACACUGACAGGGGUACCACCCUCCAUCAUCUCUCUUGGGCCUUCUCUGACCAGCCCCCCCCUUGCCAGUUAGGUGACAAGCCUAGAGAUCCCUUUCCCCUCUGUUCUAUGCCACCUGCAGGGACAGGAACGAGGCAUAGGCAGGGGGUAGGACCACCAUAUUAUCUCCUAUGCUGAUGACCAACAGACAUGCAAUAUCUACAAACCAUUUAUACAAACACAGUUCAUAUAUAAACUAUAACUAGGUAUAAACAACAUGAUUUAAUCAAACACUUCCUUGUUCCCCAGACUACUGAGAGACCAUUUCGUCUCUACAAAGACUCUGCUGUUGUCAUGGAGAUCAUUCUGUCAUUGGUUCGUUUGGACAUGCACGAUGAGCGUCGAGUUGGACAUUUUGAGCAACCAGGGGUGUAUUCAUUACGGAAACCGUUUAAGAACCAAACAGAGCAAAUGAAACGAAACGGUAAGGGACCUACCCGAAUUUGUCCAAUAGAAACGAUUGUUUGGUUUCUGUUGCAAAAUGUUUUGCAACAGAAUCGUCGUAAUGAUUACACCCCAGGGUCCAGUGACUUGGAAAUAGUGUAUUUAUGUUACCCAUAUGCCUCUGAGUGCCCAUGGGCCAAACUACGGUGGCCUCCGCAGCACAAUCAGGUAAUAGCAGUUGUAUUGUAGACAUCCUUGGACUUUCUCCUUUUUUCAUUGUCAGUGCAAACCCUUUUUUCAAUACAUACCAAAAAGAAAGUGUUUCAUAUAUAUAUAUAUAUGAGACACACUGAUCAACUGGAAAGUUGAGCAAGCCGGCGUGAAGAAGAACAAAUCCUUUCCCCAACAUAGGACUGAUGUGUGUCUGUGAGUAAGUAGAUAUUAUGUUUUACUUCAGGAGGAACCAGACACACGCAACACUUGUGAAUUUUAACAACAAAAUGUGGACAGACAGACCAUUUCUGGUGGACUCCAUUGGGACUUGUUUUUCCUCCGAAGUGUGUCAAGCGUGAAGAACAAGAACCUCCUGACUUGUAGCUUUCUGUCCUGGUUUCCUCGGCUGACUUUGUUCUCUAUUAAGAUCUCAGCAAAAUAGCUCCCUAUUAUAGUACACUUCCUAAAAUAAGGUUGUCUGUAGGGAAUAGAGUGCCAUUUUGGACAAAGCCUAUGUUUGAGGAUGGACGGACUAUGGUGGCACCUAAAGCCACGGUCUAUUUCUCCCAAUCAGUUCCCCCAUCUAGCUAACCAUCUGUGCCCUUCAUAUGUCGUUGACUAGAUUUUUCCAAGACUCAUAUCUCUAUGAAUGCAAUCCUCCAUUCCUUAUCCAUACCGUUGUCAUAUUGAGAUAACGUCUAUUGUUGUAUUAUUUGUAUGUAAUGAAUGGUUAGAAUCAAAGACCGUACGCAGAAUCAUAGUCACACUUAAGGAGUAGUUCACUAUUUUACAAGAUAAUGUUGAGAUGGUUCGUCACCCUGAACAUAGUCAAUGGGCCAGGAGAAACUGUAAUCCAUAGUUCAGUUAUCUUUAAACAGCCACAACAAACUUCAGCUAACUUUUUCCACACCGCUAGCUAAAAAUCUAUGGAAGUGAUGGGCAGGUUUGUCCAAAUCCAAAUCACCCAAAAUCAACUCUAUAUUUUGUUUGAUGAUACUUUAAAGUUAUGCCUUUAAAAAGAAAAAACAUGCUCACCAGCCCCCAUCACUUCCAUAGAUUUUUAGCUAGCGGUGGUUAAAGUUGGUAAUGGCUGUUUAAUGAAAACUGCAUUUUUUAUUUAACUAGGCAAGUCAGUUAAGAACAAAUUAUUGGGGCUCCCGAGUUGCGCAAGGCACUGCAUCGCAGUGCUAGCUUUGCCACUUGAGAUUCUGGGUUCGAGCUCUGUCGCAGCUGGCCGCGACCCGGGAGACCCAUGGUGCUGUGCACAAUUUCCCCAGUGCUGUCCGGGUUAUGGGAGGGUUUGGCCGGCAGGGAUGUCUUUGUCCCAUCGUUCACUAGCGACCCCUGUGGAGGGCCGGGCGCAGUGCACCCUGACACGGUGUACGGUGUUUCCUCCGACACAUUGGUGCGGCUGGCUACCGCGUUAAAUGGGCAUUGUGUCAAGAAGCAGUGCGGCUUGGUUGGGUUGUGUUUCGGAGGACGCACGGCUCUUGACCGCUUCUCCCAAGUCCGUACAGGAGUUGCAGCCAUGAGACAAGACUGUAACUACCAAUUGGGGAGAAAAAGGGAGUAACAAAAAAAACCCGAGAAAUAUUAUGAUGGCCUAGGGGUGAUAAGUUUCUCCUCCGCCAUAGACUACUUUCAGGGUGAGGAACCAUCUAACAUACAGUUGUAAAAUAGUGAACUACUCCUUUUAAGAUGUUUUUGUCCCUAUCCAACACCCUAUAGAAACCAUCUCACUCCUUCACUGACGUGAGGGUGUCAUUCAUGUAGCAAUGCCCAAACUACAUGGUUGAAUCUGUAAGGCUUGCCAUGUUUUAGCCUGUAAUGAAUUACAGUUGGUAGGCUGUUAUUCAGCUUCUACAAUGUCAAUGGUUGAUUAGAUCAGUGAGUUAUGAAGCAUUGUAUUAGUGCGGUGGUCAUGACAGUGCGAUAGGGUUAUAGAACAGUUGAUAUGGAGAGAAGUUAUAAGUAACAGUUGUUAUAGAUUUGCCGUCAGGGACCGUGUGAUAGUAACAAAAAUGUGCUGUGACAUGAGGUCAACAAAACUGUAAGGUCAGGAUGAUGCAGGAUGAGUAGAAUUUAGGGUUGUUUAUGAUUGGAGAGAAUGUAUUGUACCAAUACCAGAUGCAAUUGUGUUUUAAUAUUAUAAGUGACCGUUAGAGUGAGACACUGCCUCUGAAAUGAACCAGCAUAGAGCAGUAGGGAAUAUAUUUCCUCCCCUUCAUUGAAUAUUUGCUCAGAGCUGUACUAUAGUUGCUAUGCAUUGACUUCAAUGUCAGUCUACAAUGUAUCUUGUUAUUAUUGGCAUAGAAUAGAACAGAUUAAAAACCGUAAGAUUAGGUGAAUAAUUGCUCUUCCGCUUUUCCGAGUUAAUCUAUAUGAAAUAAACCAUCGCAUGAAAUGAAUUAUGUACAAUGGCAACCAUAAUGUAUUGAACAUUUUGAAACGGUUAGUUGUGUGGGUAAUCAGCGUUAUUGUUUUAAGCCAUAAUGUUUGAAAUACAUUUUAAGUUUAUGCACAUUACACACUUCUUUUGUUUUAGAAAUACAAGCCAUGUGAAACUAGACAAUGCUGCACUAUUUUUGUUGUAUUUAUUCAUUUUAUUCUUUGCGAUCAUUUUACGUGUUGCACAUGUAAAACAGAUUUGUUAGUCAUAUGGAUACAUCAAUACAACCCUUCUCAAAUCAGAGUACAUACAGUCAACACACAUUUCCACCUUGACAUGUUCAGUCUCCAUUUCGACAAGUCCAUACCUCCAUGCAGGAUUUUGCUGUCUGAAACACUUAACUGUGUGUGACUAACCAGGGUUGGGGUCAAUUCAGAAAGUAAAUUCCAAUUUCGGAUGUUCUUAAUUGAGAAUUUGGAAUUUCGGUGUACUUCCUGAAUAGAAAUGGAAUUGAUCCCAACUCUGAUUCAAACUGACUUUAGACUUUUUAAAGAAGUUAUUUAUUGGUGACGUAAAGAUGUCUGACUCCUGUGAAUAGUGGUGUCAAGGAAGUAUUGUACCUUUUGCAAUGUGUUGUGGGAGCUGGGAACAUGUAUUUUUUUUAUAAACAAUUUUCCUAAAUUAA